CUGGAAGGACUGAAACAACGUUUAAAUGUUUGAACAACCAUGUGAACUUUCACCAACAUCGUGUUCGUUAGUUUGGAGAAGGAAGUGUUAAAUUGUCUUUCCUCAAAUCACCAAAAAGCAAAAACGCUCCAAUACCGGUGUUGCGGAGAACUGCGGUGAUCUCAGAAAACACAUAAAACGUGUUAAUAACAGAGCUUUCAAGAUUAAGUAACAGUGCAUAAAAAUGAACAAGAAAACUAGCGGCGAAAGAGAAGACAAAAGUGCGAAAAUUUUGUGUGUAUUUCGAUCGGAGAAUAAACGAGCCCGCGGCUAUGAUAACUGUGUUAGCUUAUCUGAUUCAUGGGAAACUUCUUUGAUUGAGUUUCCAAAUGUUUUCGUAAACAAUCGUAACAAACCGUGGUUGCAAACAGUGAACGAAGCGGCGGUUGGAAAGAAUCGAACUUGAAUAUCAUCUUCAAGUGUAAAUCGUUGGGCUCAGUUUUUCGUGAGAAGUUAUGCACACGAGAAAUGUGCACAAUGUUGAAGUUGUUAAUACUAUCUCUAUUUUACAUCGGGACUCGAUCAAGUUAUGCAUUGCCACCGUCAACAUUCGGGGACGCUUUAGCCAGCGCCGGUGAACUGUCAAACAAGCUGAAGGAAACGACAGCAUGGAAAACGUUUACCGGAAUCGCUCGCGAAUCGGAUUCUCUCAACUCACUGGUGCGUAUCAUUCCCAGGACCACGAUGGGAUUCGUACGUGAAGUGGUUAAUUCAUUUCGGAAGAAGGAAGCUCGGGCAAUAGUACUCACGCGAGCAGGUGCCGUUCAAGGACGUACCCAGAAAGUGAAAGGUGGAGGCCACGGCGAGUUCUAUGCUUUCAAAGGAAUACGUUAUGCACAGCCUCCAGUUGGAAAACUACGAUUUCGGGCCCCUCUUCCAGAAAUACCCUGGAAAGGUAUUCGUAGCGCACUUAGAGAAGGUUCUGUGUGUCCCCACAGAAGCAUGAUUUUAGACAAUUUCAAAGGCAGCGAAGAUUGCUUAUUCAUCAAUGUCUACACUCCAGAUUUACCCAUAGAUAGCUACAAUCCCAGUUUCCCUGUAAUGGUAUGGAUUCAUGGCGGAGCCUUUUCAUUCGGUUCGGGAAAUUCGUUCCUUUACGGACCGGAUUAUCUUGUUCCAGAAGGUAUCGUUCUAGUAACUUUCAACUACCGUUUGGGUCCACUAGGAUUUUUGGGCGUUGGAAAAGAUGCUCCAGGAAACGCAGGUAUAAAAGAUCAAAUCUUAGCUCUCAAGUGGGUCCAGGAGAACAUAGCAGCAUUUGGAGGAGACCCCGAAACUGUCACUGUUUUUGGACAAUCAGCCGGAUCGGUUUCCGUCCAUAUGCUCAUGAUGUCUCCGCUUGCGAAAGGUCUUUUUCACAGAGCAAUAGCACAAAGCGGAACAGCCUUGAAUCCAUGGGCGGUAGCGAAAUCACCAAAAAAGCGGGCCUUCCGAUUAGGAGAACAACUUGGAUGCUAUACAAACAGUACAGAUGAAUUAUUGAGGGUUUUGCGUAAAGCUUCUCCCCAAAAGAUCAUCAACGCAGCGGCAAAAACAAUAACUCCUGAAGAUAUCAAACGAAGUAUCGGACUGCCAUUUGUUCCAUCGAUCGAAAACUGGACCGGCGAUGACGCGUCAGAAGAACUACCACUGAUUGUUAAUGAACCAAUACAGAUAAUGAAGAGCGGAGUGUAUAAUCAUGUUCCACUAAUUACAGGGUUCAAUUCUCAUGAGGCAAUGCUAUUUUUGAGAAGGGUGCGAAAGGAUCCUAAAUUGCUAACGACUAUAGAUUCAGAUUUCCAAAGACUGAUACCAAUUGAUCUGAACGUAGAUCGAGACUCCUUAGAAGGGACUUCAGUGGCGCAUGAUAUGCGCAACUUCUAUUUGAACGGAUCACACAUCAGUAAUACGUCUAUUCAAAGCAUGAUGAACCUUAUGUCGGAUGCUAUGUUUUUGCAUGGGAUAACCAAUUUCGCUCGGCUGCAUGCUACUCAUGACGGUCAGGAUACGACCUGGUUGUACAGGUUCGCGUACGAUGGGGCGCUGGGUAUCUACAAGAGGAUACUGGGCAUCGACUGGCCUGGUGCAUGCCAUGGUGAUGAGUUAGGCUAUCUUUUCCACUUCGGAGUGCUUAACAUUCGUCUAGACAACUCAUCGGUUGAGCUACAAACGAUGAGUAAAAUGACACGUAUGUGGACCAACUUUGCGAAGUAUGGUAACCCGACACCUCACGGAAGGGAUGAUCUGAUGGCGAGUACACGCUGGCCAUGCGUGACACCGCACAGUAUGACAGAGCUUCCAUACCUCGAUAUUACAUCCAGCUUAACACCUAGUAACAACCCGGAACCGGAACGACUUCGUUUCUGGGAUGAAACAUACGCAAAGUACAAUGGUGACAUAUUUUAACGAUCAUUUAUUAAGCUUUUAAGUGAGUUUAUAGUUAUAUAAAAUUCCACAAAAUUAGUUUUGCGAUGGAAUGGAACUUUGUUUCUAGGCUAUCGUAUGGCAUUUGAUUUUCAUAGCACAAAUUUCAAGAAACAACAUGUUAACUUGCCGACCGCUACGUUCUGUUCCCUCAAAACUGAAGCAGGUUUAGAUAAAAUAGAUACCAGUUUGAAUACCGUUGGCAUUGUGAUGCUUUUGGAUAGUUUUAGUGAGACUGAAUGAAAAUAAUAAUUAAAGAUCAAAUAAAGAA